CGACAACAACAGCACUACAGCUCGUCGCCAUCACUGUCGUCGGUUCCCACUGGCCCUGAAUCGGAGCCCGGCUCUCCCACCAGGAUUCUCAACGCCGGCCGAGCCAACAUUGAGAUGGACGAGAUCAUCGUCGAUCCCAGCUCGGUAGCCCGCUUCUCGAUCAUGCAGCAGCAGCAACCCACCGAACCCCCCCCCACCGUCCCGCUGACCGCCGCCGGUCUUCCCCGGAAGAAGCCUGGCCGGAAACCCGGCAGCACCGUGAAGCCCAAAGUCCCCGCCGAUGGCAGCUCCACCAACCCCGACCAGCCCAGACAACGUCGACCACGGAAGCCCAAGGACCCCAAUGCCCCUCCUGCCCAGAGGAAACGUAAGGCUGCCGCCACCGAGGCGAGCGAUGCCACCGAAGAGAUGGACGCUAGGUCCGCUUCGGGCCCGCCUCGCCAGGCCAAGAUUACUGAGCUCACCCCGAUGCGCAUGGCCCUUGAUGCGCGCUCCACCCCAACCGAUGUUGGUUUUGCGCCCCCGGCCCCUAAGCGUGAGAGCGGCUACGGGUCCAUGAACAUGCAGAAUCUGCUCAACGAGGAGCCCCAGCCCAAACCCCAACCCGCCGCACCGGCCAGGCAGAUGUUUGACCCUAUCAGGGGCAACUAUGAUCCCAUCCGGGAAUCCGUGACGACGCGUGACCCUUACGGCACGGGGCAGCUGGGCUCACCCCGCGCGCCCACCCAGAUAAUCAACCGGGCCAGCGCUUCCCCCUCGAUUGCCAGCCUGGUGGAUCCCCAGCCAGCCCCCACUGUUAUGUCGCCUCGUCCCUCGUACACCAACCCCACCUCUCAGCCACGCUUCCAGGACUCGACGUCGGUGCCUCCGUCACCCUCCAACGCGGUGCGGAACGCGCCUCAGUGGAUGCCCAAACCUACGCUCACCGAGGCAAGGCGUGGCCCACCGCCUACCCCAGCUCCCGUAUCAGCUAGCAAACCCGAGUCCAAGACCAUCUCCUUCACCAGCAUGACCUCCAUCCCCAGCGCCAUGUCCUCGGCCGCCUCGACAACACCCGCCGCGCCCGCCGCACCGGCGCAGAGCAACAACAAAAAGAUCGCCGCCGUCGUCCAACAGGAGCGCGACUCGCACCUUAAAAAGGCCCGCAGCUCGGCGGCGUCGUCCUCCUCGCCCCAGAUUAGCAGCCUCAAGGACGCCCUUCCUCCGCUACCCUCGGGCCCGGGCAACGAGCGCUCCAUCCUCGACUUCGGCAAGGCCCGCCCCGGCGAGGAGCUCGAGGCGCCCAGCAUCUCGCUGCAUAUUCCACUGCAGCCGGGCGAGAGCAACAAGUAUGUCAACUUCAUGCGCAUGGCCGAGGAGCGGUACGGCUGGGACGCGCUGCACCCGCGCCUGGCGGCCAGCCGGGAGCGCAAGGCGCGCAUCGCCGCGGCGACGGCUGCGCUGGAGAGGACGACGGGCAGUGGGCGGGAUGAUGGGGAGGGCGAGGAGAUGGAGGAGGAUAUUGUUGAGCAGGGGUCGGAUGCUGGGGAGAGUAAUGUUGAGAUGGGCGGUGUGGGGGCGACAAAUGGGAAUGGGGCUGGGACGUCGGCGAAACCGGCGCGGAAGAAGAGGAAUUUCAAGGAGGACGAGUAUGACAAGGACGAUGACUUUGUCGAUGACUCGGAGAUGCUCUGGGAGGAGCAGGCGGCUGCGAGCAGGGACGGUUUUUUUGUGUACUCUGGCCCGCUGAUUCCUGAGGUGGAGAAGCCUGCUGCGUCGGAGGAACGACCUCGGCGGGGACGCGGCGGGCGCGGGAGGGGGGGUAGAGGCGGUGCGCGGGGUGGUGGGGAGGGGGGCGGUGGACGCGGGAGGGGUGGUGGGUCCGGUUCGAGGGGCGGUACGGUCCGUAAACCGCGGAUCACGAAGCUGGAGAAGGAGAUUCGGGAUCGAGAGAAGGCGGAACGGGAGAAGCUUGCUCAGAUGGCGUCGGCGAAGACGGGGGCGGAUGCUGGCGCUGUAUCGUCCGGGUUACUGUCGUCGCUUGGGGCC